AUAAUGGCCUGUCAAAGUAUUGAGUUUCAAGAAGUUCUGAACUUCUUGAGUGUUUGAGUUCUUGGAUGACCAGCUGAGCGAUAAUUACAAGUCCUCUGCAGCAGUCCAAAUCUGAGAAUGUCUGUGUGUGACCUUCGCAAACAGUUUCUUUAGAAAUCGUUUAUUGGUUCAGAACCUAAACAAUAAAAUCCCAAAUUCGUCCUCGAUGGGUGGUCGAAGUCUGAGUUCGACCUCGGACCUGACGAUUGCAGUGUGUUAAAGAUCCUUAUCACAAUACACCACAAAAAAACGCACUGGAUUGUUAAUAUAAAAAUAAUUCUGGGACGCCUGUACAUUUGGAAGCAUCGGUAUCAUUUGUGGAACAUCCGGUAUAAUCGAAGGCUUCGGAACUGAUUGUGAGACGACCAGAACCGGAACCGACAAUGAUCGUGUGACCUUGAAUAUGAUCGUGUUUCUGCUCUUUAUAUCUGUGAUUUUGCCGCCAAGUGAGUCACGUGGUUUUCUGCAGUCCAGCCAGAGAUUCGAACCGGAUGUCAGCGGUGGUAGAGACAUUUCUUCUGCUGUCUGCUGCGCAGUUUGUUUGCUUGUUGUCUUUUUGAACUGGUAGGCACGCCGAUCAUAUCAGAUGCAUAAGGGGGGUGGUUGAUGCACCCCCCAAAUUAUCACGGGGGUCUGUGUCCCCGUGACGUCCACCAGGAAAGUUUUGAGAAAGGAAGAUGCUUGUCAAGCCAUUUGAGUGUGAUUGCUUUAUAUCUGAAUUGGAAUAGUCAGCGCUCGGACGCAUCGGAGCCCGAUGUGACUCCACGAGGUAGCCGUAGGUACAGCCCAAGAGAACAAGAAUCGCUGUUCGAAGAAGGUGCGAACGCCUGGCGCCCGGAGAGGACGGAGCAUCGCCAGCAAAGCAGACAGUUGUCCCAACAGAGGGAUCGCGGCGCAUGGAGACGGAACGACACACGCGUCCCUGAACCAGAGUCUGCACCCUCGGUGUUAACUCCAGUGACACAAGAACUUGUCUCCCUACGCAGAAUCAAACAGUCUCAGCGACGAAACUUCCAGGAGCCACAAUCCACUCUAGAAGAGUCCAGGUCAGAGAGCCCCAGACAGCAGGUUGAUGCCACUCCAACCUUCAGACAUGCCUCUUCUGAGAAAAAUAUCAGACAGAAUGGGAGCAGGAGGUCUCACACCAUCUCCUCCACGUCUGAAAACCCCUCGGGAGAAACUUCAAGGAGGUCCCAGAAUAGUAGGAGAGACCCAGUGCCCUCUACAGAGGCUCCCAGGAGAUCUAGCAGGCGUGGUGGGUCUACUGGAGGUCGCAGAAAACAGGACUCACUGCCCAGUGGUAUUACACCAGCUACUGCACGACAUGCCCACAGAGAAACAUCCUCAUCAUCUCUGUUAACAAAGUCUUCAUUCAGUGUCCAGAUGCCAAUUGAAACGGAGGUGCCUAAGGCUCAAAUAGGGGCUCCAAUACAACUUGAAGUAAAGCAAGAUCUUCAGGUGGUUACAGAUGUUUCAAAACAAGCAAGCAUUAGAGAAGAGAAUCUGCUUGAUUUCAGAAGAAAAGAUUCUUCAGGCAGGAGUGGCAGGAAGUUUAAUACAUCCCAGGCAAGUGGUAAUAGAAAAACGAAUGACAGUAAUAACACUGUACCUAAGUUGAUAAGUUCUGCAAGUACACAACAACCCAGUGGACAGCCUUCACAUUAUGUUUACAAUCUUUCAAAUGUGUCAAACACUAUCCCUAGAACAUCAACUUCAUCAGACAAACUCCCUACUGAUAUCCCAAUGACAGGUGUAGGACCCACCAGAGUGAUAAUCACAGCAGACUCUCCCCCUCAGGGAGAGAACAGGAGAUCUGCAUCAAGGUCUGAAGGUCAUAAGAAUCUUGCAGAAGUGAAUGAAUCAAGAAGUACAGGACAGUUCCAAAACAAGUCCAGAUUAUCAACAGGGUCAGAAAGAAGUUUCGGUCUUACACAACAGAGAACGCAUCUCAGAAACUCUGUCAAAUCUGGGGUAUCAGCUGAUGCAAUGCCAACCAAUAACCCACGGGCCACAUCAUGGGACUUCGGUCACCAGAUAUCAUCAAGAAGCAGAGAUGCUUCUGAGGACCUUCUGAAGAGUAGAGGUGGAAGUAGAAGGAGUCACUUAAGAGGACAGGAUUUUGAUCUCCACAAGUCUUCAUCCAGCUGGGAUAACUCUGACGACAGUACACAAAAACGAUUCGGUGCACAGGAGGAGCUGGCACGUCUGCAGAAACACGAGAUUCUGAGCGUCAGUAAGGACUCUGAUGAACAGGAGACACAAGCAGAGGGCAGCAUUGAUCAGCAGGACUCAUUCAUCAGCUCCCAUCAAGUGUCACCAGUGACAGCUUACCCUAGUAACAAGAGGCCUCUGACAGACAGCAGUUACUCUUCUAGAGGCAGAACACAUGCUGAUGACAGAAAUAUGGUAGAUUUAAAGAUAGCCUCCAGGAGGUCAAGCACUACUAAUACUGUAGAUAUCAGUAAGAUCAGACCAAGAACUGCCAGUCUUAUGCUAGCACCAAUGCCCCCAUCAAAUUACACAGAGAACAAUGUACAAGAAAUCCAGCAUCGCAAAGUGCGGUUGGUGGGGAACUAUAAUCACCAGCGAGGCAAUAAGUUCAGCGAGAUUCAGAUACAGGACAGUAGCAAUGAGGGUAAUAGUGUGGUGACCACUUUAUCACCCUUCACUAGGUAUAGCUCCAAGAAAUAUUCUGCUGACAUUGACGAGAACAAGCUUGAUAAACUGCCAUCAACUACUUCGAGAGGAAAAUCCAGUGAAAAUGGAUAUCAGGUGUCUACGGUCACUCCACAGCCAGUAAUAGCCAACAUCCCUCGGUUCAGCUCACGGUACCGGAGCAAGCUGUUGCGAGCAACAGGCCAUGGUCUGCGGUUAGCCACCACUCCAGUUUAUGUGCCCACUCUUCCAACAGUCAGCACCACCAGCACCACUGAACAGACAAUGCUCUCUGACACAGCCUCUGAUGCCCUGAAUCUUCUGGAUGUCACCAAGAUGAGUACACCAUCUAGUUGGAAGAGUUCCAUCACAUCCGAACCUAUCUCUCCCACUCCAUCACCAAGCAAGGAUUCCACACUCAGUUCUUCAAGUUAUCAAAACACUAAAUGGGCUCCAGGGUCCAAGUUUUUUGUCAAUAGCCGUAAUUUCACUCCACUGUCUAUCUCUGUGGAACAAACAGUUACUAGAAGUGCUACAACAAAACAUUCAAACAACAGGAAUAGACUCACAAAUCAACAGUCCAGUGCUCUUUCUAAUAAUUCUCUCUCUCAUGAAAAUUGGAAUCUACAAAAAGGUAUAAAAAAUUCUGAGAUCAAUUCUGUAAUAUCAACAAAAAACUCCUCAAAUAUAAACAUAACUGCUGCAAAAGACAUGCUUAAAAACACAGAGACAGUGGAAUUUACUGCCAAACCAAGGCAGAACUUUCUGACUAAUUUACCUCUAACUACAUCAAAAGAAAUACAAAAUGAAUCUAAAGAAAGUUUCCCAACUGAAACACCACCAAUCAUGAAGAUCAGUAUUAAUAACAAAAAGAACACUCCAGACACACAAAAAUACAAAAGCUUGACCACUGAAGCAUACUUUACAUUAGACCAAAAAUCAAAAACUACCGUUUUUCCCCAAAAUAAAAACUUUAAUAAGAACUGGUUGUCAAACUUUCGUGACAUUUUCCUGUCAACUACUGUUUCCCCUCCAGCUAUGGCCAUAAAGAUAACUACUCCUGCCCCAGCUAUGACAGACUACAUGCCAGUGAGGUUGACUACUACUCCUAGGCCUAAACUGAACAGCAUGUCCCGUGUUGUCAGAGUGCGAGAGGUUAAAAAUGCCCUGGAACCAGCUACAAAUUCUAUAUCAACCAUUGCUGACAACAGCAUUCAAAGGACUACUUCUGCAACAACACCCAGACCACGCAGUGUUCAGACUCGAGCAGCCACAGAGGUACCAAACAUUUUUACAACCACAGAUCUACCACAAACAGCCACUGAGCUAAUCAUAAAUAUGUCAUUACUGGACAUAUCGACUACAACGUUUGACACUCUAAACUUGCAAACUACAAGUCUAUCAACCACUGAUGUUCCAGUCACUUCUGUGUCAACUUCAGAUUUACCAACCACAACAGAACUAAUAACAGUAGCACAAGGCAUGGCCAUUCCAUUAACCACAACCAUGCCAAUAACCAUAAAUAUACCUACAAAUGAAGAAACAACCAUUCCCACAACCAUUCCUACAACAGCUGUACCAGUAACCACAACUAUUCCAACAACCACAACCAUUCCAACAACCACAAUCAUUCCUACAACUGUACCACUAACCAUUAGUAUUCCAACAACCACAACCAUUCCUACAACAUCUGUACCAGUAACCACAAAUAUUCCAACAACCACAACCAUUCCUACAACAGCUGAACCAGUUGCCUCAACCAUUUCAAUGACAACCAUUCCUACUACCACAGCUGUAACAAUAACCACAUUUCCAACAAAAAUUCCUACAACCACAGCUUUACCAAUAACCAGAACCAUUCCAACAACCACAACCACAUCUGAAACGAUAACAGUUGCUCCCAGCACUGCCCAGCCACAAGUUACAACUCCCCCUAUAAUUACAUCACAGACUGCAAAUAGUAAUGUCCAACCACUCUCUGUCACGCAGACGACUACAACCGCAGCCCCUCAAGUGUUUACAACAACAAUUCAUACCCCAGUACCAUAUGUUAUAUUUGGGAUCUACCCCAAUGGAACAGUGUUCAGGAAACUUCCAAACUCAGACUUCAAAGAACAGGUACAUGAAAAUGAAAUAGCUCGCCGUAAUCCCUUUUAUCCAGACCACCGCUAUUUUAGCACCACGACUCCAGCACCGGCACAUUCUGUAUAUAGUAAUGAGGUUGCACUACAAGCACCAGGCUUUGAUGAUGGCUCAGAUACUGCAAGGAAUGUUAUUCAGGAUGAAGAUGUGCAAGUUCAACUCUCAUCAGCUGUGGCUACAGGACUUCAGCAACGUCCAGCACCAACUGAAGCACCAACACAGACAUCAGGAUUUGCUCUGGGAAAUCUCAUAUCCAAUGCAUUGGAUAUUGACCCCCAGAAAGGUUUCUUACCAUCAACACGUGCUUCAUUCCUUGCUACAAUUGUGAGGAACUCCAGAAUAAUUACAACUCCAACCACUGCCACCACAAGCACCACCACUACCAGCAAAACCACAAGCGCAGCUUCAACCAGUGCAACAGUCACUACCAAAGCAACGACCACGAUCAGUGCGACAACUGCAAAUGCCACCACUGCGAUGAAUACAACACCAGCUCCAGUGCCCCCAACUACAAACUCCACAGCCGCAGAUCUGAAGACAACAUCAAAUCCAGCAGCUGGGGUACUUGAUGACUUCUCCUUCCUGAAUGUACUGCUCCUGGGACGACCUAAAGAAACCUCGCCUCGACCCGGCAGAGACCCAGGAUCGUCAAUUGCUAAUAGGAUCAUCCAAGUGGCUCUUUCCAGAGGAACUAACUCAAAUGCCAAGUCUCCAGGAACAACUCCUAAAUUGACUACCCCCAAACCGGUAUCCCCCAAAUCAGUAGCCCCUGAGGCUACCACUCUGAAAGGACCACUACAGUCUUCAGCACAGCAGAAUCAGGAAGAUAUGACAGCUCUCUUGAAAAUACUGGGAGACGUGGAACCCACAGUUCAAGCAAACCUGACGCCCAGUGAACAGCUGCUUGCUGACUUCCUCAUUAAGCAAGCAAUGUCACAUCCAUCCCAGAGGAACCAGCACAACCAGCUCAGUAUCCAGGAUGUCCUGAGUCCUUCAGCUCCAUCAAAAAAGUUGAAGCCUUCUCCAAUCACAACACGUGCUCCAAGUCAACUGCUGGGUGACCUGUUUGACCCACUGCCUGGUGACAACAAAAUCAGGGAUCCCAGGGCUGGGCAGGGAUUGGUGGAAGCUGCCAUCAAGGCAACAAAGACUGUUUCACAACUUAUGGGCUCCGUGCUCCAGGGGGCGACAAAGUCAUUCCAGUCCUUCAUGAAGUCACUGGCAUGGGGUUCAGGAGGAGCUUCAGGUUGAGCAGAAGUACGUGUACAUGUGCUGUGGUAGUAUUUUCUCAACUUGUUACCAUGAUGAAGCUUCAGUUAUCCAAGCUGACUGAUUCUUAACUUCACUUCUGAUUCAUCCCAGAGCACAAACAUCACUGGCACACCAGUGGUCUCCAUGAUGUUCUGCUGCUCCUUGCUUCCACAACUUCAAUAAUAAAAGAUGUUAUUUCUUUCUCUAUUUCUUCGCUUUUGUAGAUUAUCACUGGGCUAUGUCAGCCGCCAGAGUCUGACAGGAGGUGGAGGGUAUCAGAUGUUAAGAAGCCUAAGUUCACUUCCCACAGCAAGUAGAAUGAACUCUUUGAAUGCACAGAGCAUUGUUUCGAGAACAUUCUCCUAUGUAAUCAAUUAAUACCACAAUAUGAGUAUUUAUAAUAAUUAUUUCUCAUGAAGUAAUUAGCAUAAGAAGAAAUUUCUUAUGACUUACUUAUAACAAGGACUUCACUUGUUGACUGAUUGAUUUACUAACUGGUUAAACAGAUGGUUGGUUCAUUAGUUUAGAGUCAACUCAAGUGUUAUAGUUAUAUAUGGCAAUACAGGCUAUUUCUGUACCGCACAUUGUAUGCUUGGCAAGACUCCACUGACCUGCACAAGACUCAUUCCAACUGCUACCAAAAUCAAACACUGUCAAUCCUAUAUCCUUUGUCUUGUGUUUGACACCAGGAAGUUGGUAAUAUUUUAUUUUUCUGAAAAGAGCCAUCUGAGGCAACCAUUCUCUAACUCCUAUUCCUACUGAUCCAUUAUACUGAAUGGCACAAAAACGUAUGUAGGCUGCUCCUUUGCACAAAUACCCUCCUCCGACAACUGGAAAAUAGCCUGUAGGUAAUGUAAUUUUCACACACUGCUGAAUAAAAAUAUUUGCUUCCCAACAUUCAUUAAUAAAAAUUCAGAUAUUUUCCUCUUCUGUCAUCUUACCUGGGAUAAACAUCACUGUGCAAACAAGAGUCAUAUGAUGAAAAUCAUAAGUUCACUACUUCACAACAUUAUUUUGAUUAAAAUAAAAGGUACAAUACACAAUGCCUCUUCAAGAGGCAGGUACCAUCCUUCACUCCCUUCAGACCAUGUGGUCAUGGUCAUAGUGGGGCAGUUCUUAAAAAUAUAUGUACAAAUAAACUGGGAACUAAAGAGAAAUUAGUUUUUGCCACAUUUCAAUUCGAAUCUGUUCAGCGAGAUAAUUCUUGGGUCAUUGUGCAUGGGCUUAGAACAGUAAGAGGGUUUAAAUGCUUUUCUAUAGCACACAUAUGGUAAAAUUUGCUUAUAACAAAUAACUACAGACUUUUUCAUUUCACACAGGCACUUACACAUAAAAUGUAUUUUAUGUAAAUCACAGGCCAUAUAUCACGCUCUUACUGACCUGCACACAAUUUGUUUUCUUUUACCAGUAGUAAAUUUAAGUAUCUGCAACCACUUUGUCAUAAUUUAAACUGAUUCUUGACAUACAGUAUUCCUUCUUCGAGAAAUUUGAAGAACAGUCUGCAACAAAAUUAUAUGAACAGAAAACAAUAGUACACUAGCAGAAUAUUUCCUGUUAUAUUCUUUUGUUCCAUUUUGGAUGUUUGUUAAACAAUUUUAUAAUAUUAGAGAGGUAAUUCCAAAUUAUUUUUCACUGUUAUGUAAACUAGAACAAUUUUUCAAUAAAGGUAGAUUUCUGUUUA